ACCAUGCAUUUAUCAACUCAGUUUCCUUCUCAUUUUUCCACAACACCUAAUAGUUUUUUGUGUUCAAUAAUACAAUAAUUAACCAUGUCUCUCAUUUCUCAACUUCUUGGUGAUGAAACCUUUGACCCCUUCUUAUCUAUGAUCAAUAAGUGUCCUAUCCUAAGCACCCCAACAGAUUGGAAAGAAACCAAAGAUGCCCAUGUGUUUAUAUCUGACCUUCCGGGGCUGAAGAAAGAGGAGGUUAAGGUAGAAGUUGAUGAAGGAAGGGUGCUUCAGAUUAGUGGUGAGAGGAAUGUGGAUGACGAAGAUGGCAAGAACAAGUGGCAUCGUGUUGAACGUUUUCGUGGCAAGUUUCAGAGGAGGUUUAGGCUCCCGGAGAAUGCUAAGGUGGACCAAGUUAAGGCUAACAUGGAGAAUGGUGUGCUUGUUGUGACUGUCCCUAAGCUGGAGGUGAAGAAACCAGAAACCAAGGUGAUUCAAAUAGAGGGAAAUUAAGAGUUCGUGACUAUAACUAAAGUGAAAUUCAAGACUAUGUUAUUGUGCAAAGAUGUGAGAAUGGGAAAAUAAAAGGGUUGCUACAUGUUGUCGAUUGUUGUGUGUUUGGUACUUUGUUUGAUACUUGUGCAGUGUGUUGUAACUUAAUCAUACAGUCAUUAUAAUUUGGGCUUGCUAAAUAUAUAUAUAUAUAUAUAUAUAUAUAUAUAUAUAUAUUCUUCCGUUUCUUC